CUUUUUCCGGUCCCGAAAGGAUUGGUACUCAGCUGCUGACUUCAAGUUGCGCACGCAUCACCUGCGCCCUCUGCCACUGCAGUCUGAGAGGAACAUGUCCAUCCUCCGCUGAGACCCCAAUUCAUCACGAUUCAUACGCCAGUCCUCCCGCUGCUUGCACAGUAUUUUGCUUGGAAGCGGGCUCAUCAUGAUCCUGACCACGCUUUCGAUAAUAUCAAAGCACCUCGAGUUAGCAACUUGAUUUGUCUAGAAUUGACAUAUCUCGCUACUGAAUUCAGAUCAGACCUCUGAGGCAAUGGGUUGGGCCUCCCUCUACCUAUCUACUCCUCAGCUCGUUAGCAAUAACCUAUGUUCCCUGUUACCUGCGGGAAAAAGACUCAGACAGAAGGCAUGCUGUCUCAAAGACGUCACGAUCGACAUCAGCCGUCCUCCCUACGACCUGCAACCUGAUCGAUAUCGUUUCAGAUAUGUUGUCUGAUGAGUAGCAAAAAAAGUCACCAUGUACACGACAAUGGCGACUGCCCAAUCCUGCCCCGCCUGACUAGACCUCUCGUACUUCACUGGUGCUGCCUCCCUUGCAUACAACUAUCCUGGCGUUAUGCCUGAGACAUGGAUCGCCUUCGGAGCAACGGUACCUAACUAGGUAUGUACUGUUGAUCAUCCGACAUAAAGUCCACGAAACGACGGGAGAUCCACGGCAAAAAAUGGAAUUCAAGCCGACGACAGCAACAAAGAUAGCCCGUGUCUAUUCACUUUGGGGCGAAGACUUGAGUCAGACGUGCCCAAGGUUAGUAACCAUAAGAAGAUAGGAACUUUGUAGCCGCGACCCAAAAUGGGCGGAAAACGCUUCUCGUUUGACUGUCGAGAACUGGAACUUCCAGACAUUAUUCACAUCUGCCGGGUCGAGCUUGCUGGCAUACCUAGGUCGCAUCACCAGUCAGACGAUGGUGGGUUUCCCAUUCCGCCAUUGUACAAAAGACUUCGAGUCGUACCGACGGCGACCACUGUUCCCUAGGUUGUUUCAGGUCCAGGGUCAGCGGGAACGAUCAACGCACGGGCUUCAAUGGCGCUUUGUUAGCGCGCCGUCCCCCGGUUUUCAAGGCGACAAGCCCCCCAAAAGGAUCCGCCACGUUUAGCACCAGGGACAACUGCCUUCGUUUCGUCUUUUUUCAGGCGGGCAACAAGCCGAAAACAAAACAAUAAUGCUCGAAGUGCCGUGGCUCUUCUGGUUGGAAUCAAACGGUCCGAAACCAAACAUAUCUCCUUCAGCAAAAAAAGUGUGUGAAUAUUGCCAUGCUGGGCCUGGCGUACAAAGUUUCGUCUGGGGGUGUUUGCUGGUGUUGUCAAGAGCCCGGAGCCUGACCAGAAACGUGGUGGUCUUCCAUUCUUGCGAUCCCCUUCACCCAUCCUGUCACCCCUUGCAUUUGGUCUCGGGCUCAAGUUUCCACCCGGGGCUUUGACUUCGGGCGGACGAAAUGUCAAGAGUAUCACGACGGCACCGCACCGUACGCGGUGAUUCAUCCAGGAACUGAUCAUCUUCACCCUUACUUCUGCGUGGCCGUGGCCAUGUUCAUCUCAAAUCCACCCAUGUGCGACGCCGGAUUUCUGCACCUGCCCGCUUUACAAGAUACUCGAGAUUCAGGCUCCCCAUGUGGCCGCGGAUCUGCACAGCUUCUUGCGGCACAGUGCGGCAACCAUAACGGACCAUGCCAGUCGUUCCCAUAGCGGACUGGUCACCGUUUGCAAUAAUGCAGGCCCCCAUGGUAAUUGCUUCCUAAAAUUCGACCCCAUCAUUCAACGUCAGAUCACGAGGCUAGCCACAACCCAGACCGCUCUUCGCGUCGACUGUAGUUUCCAGGUUUUCGCCCUUUGCCCAUGGAAAGUCUGGCAUAUAGUGCAAGCCUUUCGGCAGCCGAGAUAUACCUUCAUGACUAGAAUCCAAGGCACCCUGGUCCGGUGAACAACAAUGAGCAACACCUGCCCUGUCAAUCUGUCUCGCACUGCCCUGGUUUCCUCCACACGUCUGCAUAUGCCUGACGAGAAUGGGAAACCCUAUUGAGGCCCGCGCAGUACCCGAUCCUCCUUAUGGUCGUUCUGUUCCAAUCGCAGUUCGACUGCCGCCGGAAAAGCUGCUGGUCGUUGAUUUGUCCUCCCUCCAAAACUCUUUGGUUCGACAUUCUGUCUUGUAUAUUUCAUCUACUAGUAUGCCGGAUUUCUCUUCUCUUUACAUCUUGAGCUUUCUGAUCCCUGCUCCCCUCGCACUAUUCUUGCCUUGACGGCCAACAUUUGCCAUACCAUUUUCCCUUUUGGUUGAGCAACCGUAGGAAAGCAACGUAUCCUCGGCAUUUCCGCCAGCCAUUUGCAGCCAGACCUCGUCAGUGUUCUGUCAACUGCUGUCAAAUCGUUCCCGAUAUCGAUUCAAGCCUGCCACCGGCCACCCGACGUGGAACUUCAGGAGGUGCCACUCAGCCGCUCAUUGUCAAGGACUGCCGUCAGAUGCCACCAUCUGGAAGUAUAUUCUUUCCGCACUGACCUCUUCCUUCCACUCUUUUUCCAAGUGCGACUCGAUGUUACGCAAAUCCUUUCCUCCAUAUACCACUUCAUGCCGACCCUUUUCGACAACACUGGCCUGCCGCUAUGGGUAUACAUCGUGCUCAUAGUCGUUGGGUCAGUACUGUUGCUGGUCACAGUCGCCAUUCUUCUGAGAUGCUGGAUUGUCCGACGAAGACCAAGGCCAACGCGUCUUGAUAACCUCACCACUCCUACUCGACGAAUGACUUUGAGAAGGGGACGGCUGGUACCGACUUCUCAGCAUCUGUCUUUGACCGGGUCGAAGUUCGGAGUCAGGCAGUUUGGGGUUUUAACAGAUAAUGAAUCCACCGCGACAGGGCGGCGGAGCCCCUUCGAAUGGUGGAAUACGAUCAUGGACAGGUCGCCAUCACGGCAAGAUCAAAUGUCCCAAGUCGAGACGGGAUCGAUAGGCAUAUCAACACGUCCGGAAUCCUUUGCUACAACGACUGCUGGCAGACGUGAAAGCCUUGCAGAUACGUCGGCCCGGACCCCGGAAAAGGGUAAGGAGCCCAUCAUGACCAGUUGGGAAGUCACCUUGCCAUCUCCUCCCCCCUCUCCGGGGCCCGAUGGCCGCAAGCCCAUAAAUUUUUCAAGAUCUUUUUCUACCCGCACGCCCUCCUCGCCUUUGGCCCAGCGUUCCCAGCUCACGCUGUCACGGAUAUCAGAAAGGUCUCCUCACAACUCCAUGAUCAGCACGAGUGGGGUGAACCAGUUUCACCUCCCUCUCUAUCACACGCUCGGGAGGCUUGAGAACCGCGCUUCUGCCGUCGAAUCGGCUCAGUACAGUCCCUUGACACUCAACAUUCCAGUCGCCGCUGCGCAAAGCACACCUGUCCUAGCUGAAGCUCACCUCGACUCCCCCUCACCUGUAACGUCGAAGCCGUGGAGCUCUAAUAUGCUCAGUGCUUCUUAUACAACUUUACCGGCGACUGCCUCCUUCCCAACAAAUUCACCCAGGCCCCAUACUGCCGAUGCCGCAACCUUUCGACAGUAUCCUUACCUACAACAACCGCCUCCGAUACCAACGAGUCGUGCUCCAACUUAUCAUCGUCGCGGCACGUCGUGGCUAAGCUCUGAAGAGGGUUCGACUUUUUACCGGCAAUCCAACAGCUCACAUCAAGAUCUGUCUCGGCAUUCCCCCAUACAGUCCGCUACUAAGGGAACGGCCACGCCAGGUUCGCACCAUUCACGCCAAUCCUCCGCCAAUCUCAGCAUGGAGCAUAGUGGCAUUAUCGUCUAUGAAACGCAACUGCCGGACUACUGGUCUACACGACCGGAUAUGCAAGACUUGGCGGCUUCUCUGAAUUUCAACAGCUGUGAGACAGAUGGCCCGGCUAGAAAUGGCAGCACUCCUGGCGGGCUCCAGGACACGGAUGGGAAACAGCGAAGCAAAGUAGGGGUGGUAACUGUUCCUGGAAAGAAGAACUCCAAAGUCUUGAGGAAGAAAUCUCUCAGUCGGACACGAUCAAUCAGCUAAUAAUUGAGGCGUAUUGGCUUUUCUCUACGUCGACAGUGCGGCCUAUCUCGACCGUGGAACGUGGCUAACCACUCGAGUGCUAGACUGCAUUCCAUGUCUCCUCUGCAGGUCAGGCGGAGAAUUAUGAUACAGCAAUCACCGCACAGGGGACGGUGACGGCGCUGGGUUAGAUUUGCUUUAUAUGUUUAUUUCCAACUCUCCCAUUCAAACCGCUUGACCCAGUGUCUCGAGUCACUCAGCGACCAGGACGAAGAGUGACGAAACCACAGGUGUUUGGGAGAUUAACCACACUCUAAAGUUGAGAAUGUUGACGAACAAUUCACUAUAUUUGCGAUGGUGCUUGCCACUGGCAGCACAGACGAAGUCCGAGAAUGUUAACAGUUGUAUCAGUGGAGCCUGGGGCUCCCACGAGCCCCGAACUGGCGGAGAAGUCAAAUGCUACCGACUACCUUUAUACCAUACUUUACAAUACUAUAUGUUGUACUGGCAGCAGCGACUACAUCUUUUCUUGGCCAUCAUCUCUUGGGUCUACACUUGCGUCUUCUACUGGGCUGUUUCGCGAAAGGUGCUGUACGUGGAGCAUAGUAGCGACAUUGUGGAUUCAUUUCCUACCGAGGUCAAAUGCGUGCUAUACUAUGCUGGAGCCUCCUCCUACUUCCAAGAUCAAAGUGCAAAAAGGCCAUAUUUUCACAGAACUCCCACUGCGCCAUCCUGUGUUUUGCGCACUUCGAUCCGACUGAAAACGCUUGCUUUUGCUUUUGCUGGUGCUUUCAAACGGUGACUGUUGUUUUCACAAGAUCCGUAAUCCGUCAUCUGUCGCCAUAGGGCACCUCGAUAUUGCUGGAAGCAUCUCCCGGUCGCUUGUCGAGUACUAUACCAGCCCCGUCCGGACAUGCAGACACGUGACACGCUCGCGGGGCAGAGAAAAUAGGAAAUUACUCGACACUCGCGAUUCUCUGGACAACAACGGCAGUCGCGGCGCCACCGCCGUUGCAGAUGGCAGCCACACCGUACUCACCGGGCUUGAGCUGAUGCAGAAGCGUAGUGAGGAUGCGGGAACCGGAGCUUCCCAGAGCGUGACCUAGAGAAAUGGCGCCGCCAAGGAGGUUGACGUUUGCGUUUUCGAGACCGAGGAUCUGGGAGAAGAGAGUUGGUUAGACACACUAGAAAUACAAACGGAUUCACGAUGUAGUAAAUGCUUGAACUCAUAACUCGUAGAUCAUGCGUCGUGCGGAG